AAACCCCUCUGCUUAAAAACCCUACAAAACAAGACCCAGUCUCUCCCAUUUAGGUCUUCUUCAAAAACCUCGAAAGCGCACCACAGCUCCACCGAAGCUCUCUCCUCUCUCCGCAAUGGCCACAAUUCCAGUCAACCCGAAACCUUUCUUGAACAAUCUCACUGGGAAGACCGUGUUCGUGAAGCUCAAAUGGGGAAUGGAAUACAAAGGUUUCCUUGUCUCAGUGGACUCCUAUAUGAAUUUGCAGUUGGCAAACACUGAAGAAUAUAUUGAUGGACAAUUUACUGGAAAUCUUGGGGAGAUAUUGAUCAGGUGCAACAAUGUUCUCUAUCUUCGUGGGGUGCCUGAGGACGAAGAAAUUGAAGAUGCUGAACAAGACUGAGAUGUUAACUUUGUAGGAGUGGCGUUGGUUCUCAAAACAGAAACUCAGUGAAAAUCAGUAUUGUAUCUUAAUUAUCUGUAGUGUUUAUAUAUUCGAAGGUUCUGUCUGAUGUUUGAUGGACGUGUAUGCCGAAGGCCUGCAAUUGAUAUAUGACUCAAGUUUUCUUUCUCUUUU